UCUAUCAGUAUUAUGAAGGAGGCAGAGCGACGGGAUUUCAUUCACUGUAAAAGCGAAGACGAGCGACUGCCACCGACUUACUGCCAACGCUGACUCAGUGCUUUCGUUAUUUUCUUAAGAGACGUGUUGUUCCUAUUCUGGUCUUGUUUAAAAGCGCAUGCUCAGAUUUCCAGCCUGUGCUGUUGUUGCUUUUGCUCCAGAGAGAAAGAUUGAAUUUUUAGGUUGAGGGAUUUGAAAAUGACUACAUCAUGGAGCGACCGACUUCAGGAUUAUGCAGACCUCCCAGCAAACAUGGACGGGUUGGCUAUGAAGAAAUACAGACGCGAGGCAUAUCAUAGAGUGUUUGUGAACAGAAGUUUGGCUAUGGAGAAGAUCAAAUGCUUUGGUUUUGACAUGGAUUACACUUUAGCAGUGUACAAAUCUCCAGAAUAUGAAUCCUUGGGUUUUGACCUGACUGUUGAGCGACUGGUCUCAAUUGGCUACCCCCAGGAGCUGCUUAGCUUUGUCUAUGACCCCUCCUUCCCGACUAGAGGUCUGGUAUUCGACACCAUGUAUGGUAACCUUCUGAAGGUGGACGCCUAUGGUAACAUCCUGGUCUGUGUACAUGGCUUUAACUUCCUCCGUGGGCCUGACAUCCGAGAGCUCUACCCCAACAAGUUCAUCCAGCGUGAUGACACCGAACGCUUCUACAUCCUCAACACUCUCUUCAAUCUUCCAGAAACCUACCUCUAUGCCUGCCUGGUUGACUUCUUCUCAAACUGUGACCGAUAUGCAAGCUGUGAGACAGGCUUCAAAAACGGAGACCUCUUCAUGUCCUUCAAGAGCAUGUUCCAGGACGUACGAGACGCCGUUGACUGGGUCCACUUUAAGGGAACUCUGAAGGAAAAAACAGUAGAAAACCUAGAGAAGUAUGUGGUGAAAGAUCCUAAGCUGCCGCUGCUGCUGAGCCGCAUGAAUGAAGUUACCAAAGUGUUUCUGGCCACCAACAGUGACUACAAAUAUACAGAUAAAAUCAUGACCUACUUGUUCGAUUUCCCUUUUGGGCCUAGGCAUGGCUCUCCUCAUCGCCCAUGGCAGUCUUACUUCGAUCUGAUCUUGGUGGAUGCACGAAAACCGUUGUUCUUCGGAGAGGGAACUGUGCUGAGGCAGGUUGAUACGACUACCGGACGACUGAAGAUUGGAACAUACACUGGACCUCUGCAACACGGCAUAGUCUACUCUGGAGGAUCCUCAGACAUUGUGUGUGAUCUGCUGGGUGCUAAAGGGAAGGAUAUCAUCUACAUCGGGGACCAUAUUUUUGGAGACAUUUUGAAAUCCAAAAAACGCCAAGGCUGGAGGACCUUCCUAGUGAUUCCUGAGUUGGCUCAGGAGCUGCACGUCUGGACAGACAAAAGCUCACUAUUUGAAGAACUCCAGGGCUUGGACAUUUUCUUGGCAGAGCUGUACAAACAUCUAGACAGCAGCAGCAACGAGAGACCAGACAUUAGUGCCAUCCAGAGACGAGUGAAGAAAGUGACCCAUGACAUGGACAUGUGCUACGGCAUGAUGGGUAGUCUGUUCCGCAGUGGCUCUCGGCAGACACUGUUUGCGUCACAGGUGAUGCGAUAUGCUGACCUGUAUGCCGCAUCCUUCAUCAACCUGCUCUACUACCCCUUCAGCUACCUGUUCAGAGCCGCACAUGUGCUGAUGCCUCAUGAGUCUACAGUGGAGCACACGCACGUGGACACAGACAUCGAGUCACCGUUGGCCACGCGUAACCGCCACUGCAUGGACUGCAAGGAUGUUGACUGCAAACGCAGCCAGCUGACGCGCUCUCUCAGCGAAAUGAAACCUCCACACCUGUUUCCUCAGACCCCCCAGGAGAUCACACACUGCCACGAUGAAGACGACGACGAGGAGGAGGAGGAGGAAGAAGAAGAGGAGGAGGAAGAAUAGAUGACGUAACCUCCUUUGGCCAGGCCUGACUGGCUGUUGAAAUGUUUAGCUUUAGCAAAGGGAGCAAUAGUGAGCCAGAGACUUGGUAAAGAAAUGAAGAGGGGAAAACAAAGCUAAUCCUUUCUUUUCUUAUUUUGAACUGUAUGAGAAUGUGUAGCACAUGUAUCAGACUUUACUGAACCACACUUUGGCUCAAUUCAAUCCCUCCUUACUAAAAAAAGGGAAAAAAUAGGGGAAAACACAAAAAAAGACUUUUUUCUAGACUUUUAUAUUGGUGAAAGUAUUACUGUAGAAAUGCUCUAGAUGCGGUCAGUUUAACAAUACUGAAAUCAUACUGUCGUUUUUCAAACAAUCAAGAGGAACGGUUUGAAGGAAAACAGCAAAGCACAUAGUUUCUUUUGCUAUAAACUCACUGUAGCUUCUUUAGGACAGGAGUUCGGAGGAGUUUACAUGAAAAUGUAUGUGUACAACUCGUGUGAAUAGUUGUCAGACAGAGGGUUUUAUAUAUAAAUUUGGGCUUGGUAACUACUUAAGGGCUGGGUGGAGCUUAUCGUAAGGUCAUAUCUGGUCCAAUGGCUAAGGGGCCUUUGAAGUCGUAUAUGGUGCAUUUGAAAGUCUGUGCAUUUUAAAUCUUGACUAUGCAUGCUUGGCACCACAGCAAAUUAUGGUCCGUCCAUGUUUAUGAGGACUAGUUAUGCUUUUAUUUUUACUUUUCUCUUCCUUUUAAAGUGGAAUUCAUCUGAUUUUUCAAAAUGAAUAUAUUUCAAUUGUUAUGAUGCAAACACAGUCAUUUGUUGUCAUUUGAUAUACAUUAUUAAUUGUAGAGAAAUUGACUGAUGUCUACAUCGUAAAUAUAGCCAUUUAUUUACUAUCCAAAACAACACCUGAACCUCCACGUGUCUAGUGAGCUUUUGGGGGGUAAAUCUGAAAAAAUAGGUUUUCUUUAGGUCCUAUUUUUCCUUACAGCGUCCUACAUGUAAUACUUCUCCACCAUUUAAAAAAGAUUUUAGGCCAAAAUCUUAAUUCAGCACCAUGUUAAAACAAUGUUUUAGGCAUUAUGCAACUUAUUUCUAAUUUGGCUUGGAAAUUCUCUCUGUAAUGGGACAUUUCUUAUCAAACCACUCUAACUUUGUUUACAUCCUAACCAUUAUACAGAAAUGUUUUGAAAAAUCUGUGUAAUUCCUGUUUAAACUUUUCCUUUCGUUUAAGCCGUCUGCUCGUGCAGUACAGGCUGACUAAUUUGGCUAAAGGCUGCCUCAUACAGGACUUGAGGAGAAGUAGAAAAAGAAGUGAGUCUGUUGGAGUUUUUUUUAAGAAACCCAGGCUGUGGUGCCCCGAUUACAGGCCUGGCUGUGAUGAGAAUGUGAAUGAAGUUUAGAGGGGCUUCAGCGAGCGGUGACGGCUAAUGUGUCAGCUAUGAAAGAAUGCUGCUAACACAAGAGCCCCCGUUACCUGGUAACUGCUGAGCCAGGCAAACUGCAUAAGGCCAGUGGGGAUUUCUGUUGUUCUCUCUUGGAUUUAUUAUUACUAUUUUUUUUAAUGGCAGCAAUGUCAACUGCCAAGGAUAGUGCUGUCUACAGAGGCACUUUCGGCUUUAUAACCUGUCUCUCUCUCUCUCUCUCUCUCUCUCUCUCUCUCUCUCUCUCUCUCUCACUCUCACUCUCACUCUCACUCUCAUAUCCACUUUCACGCACUCCUUUUCUCUUCUUUUUCUGUCUUUCACUUUCAUAAGCUCUCUCCCUCUCAUUCUCCGUCAUACUAUUUCUCUUGCUUUUCUUGUCUUUCUUUCUCUCCUUCUCUUUUACAUCCACACGUACAGAUACUUAGCUAUUUUAAAAAGUAAACAAUAUUGUCAUGCAGAAUCUAACAUGCUGUAUUUUUGUAUUCAGACUUAUAAUACCAAACUCUUAACAGCAUCCCUCCGUGCCAUUAGCAACUUACUGUUUCAUAACUGUAGCUACCAUGCAGAAGUGACCUUGAUAUGCAGAAGAAAAAAGAAAAAAAAACCUUGUACAUACUGUAUUUUGUAGCUGUUGUGAGAAGAGGAUUUAGGAAUAACUUUUGAAUAGAUAUAAGAAAUAUUAGCAUCUGAUUUUUUUUUUUUUUUAUUUGAAGUUCACAGGUCAAACAGACGAAGACAUCAAGUUACCAUCAAAAACUGUUGAUGAGAUGGGCGAAUCUAAAGUCAGGAGUUGCCCUCAGCGACUGUUGCCAUGGCAAUUAAAGUAGUUCAGGCCAGUUUUUAGAUGUGAUUGGAGAAUAUACUCUUGUGUGGACCAAUAGGAUUAAGAGCACGCUGACCAGUGUUUUUGUUUUUCCUUUAGUUUCCCUACUAAACAAAGUCCUUUUAAACUUAAUGUGAAGCAAUACAUACGUUAGAUGCAUGUGAUUUUUAAAGGGUAGAAAACAGCUAAACUGGUCCUUAAAAGGUUAGAAUCUAACUUAUAGGAGAAAAAUUAAGAAGUGUUCUAUUGUAUGUGUAAUGACAUGCAGUACUGUGUAUAUAUAAACAAGCUUGCUAACAUCCGAUUUAAUGAAACUACAGUAUAUUUACUGCACUGUGUAUUACCAUAAGUAGAGUGUAUUUUUUUAAUGUAUAUCACUUUAUUAUAGGGAGGAAAAAUGUUGUCAUGAAUCCAUGGAAAGUUAGGAUUAACAGUUAUUAUUGAUCAUCUUGUCUUAACUGGUUCAUGGGGGGGGGGGGAAUGUUUUGGGGCAGGUGGACACAUUUUGAUGUUUGAAAGGUGAAUGUUUCAGAAAAACUAGCAAAUAUAAUUCAUAUUCAUAUACAAGUUAUUUUUAUUAUGUAAGAUGAAGCAUAACCAUUGUUUUAAAAACAAAACUGGAAAAGUGAAUGCAAGGCAGCUCUUUAAAAAAAAUAAAUAAAGCCUCAUGUUGGGCUUGGACUCCCCAUCAUAUACUGUCCAAACUGUCCAGUUGGGCUGGAUGUCAAGGCAGACACUUUGAUUGUAAGCUACCGCUGAAGUAGUGCUGGGUGAUAUAUCAUUUAUAUCAAUAUACUGUGACAUACUUUUCAAUUUUAGUAAUAUUUUACCAACAUAGCAUAUAUUUGAUGUCAGUGACAUAAUGCCUAUAAUACUGUGGUGCUCCCUUUUUUUAAAAAAAAACAUCCUGUUUGUUCUGCGCUGUACUCAUGAUAUCCAGAACCUGGUAACUUCAAAGUAUGUUAUUUACCAAGUACUUCAGAAUGCUUUGAAGUAACAGUUCAUAACACAUACAAUUUAAAUAGGUUUCCUUAUUGGAAAUUCUAAGAGAAGAAAAACAAAUUGUCAGAUUAUUUUAGCCUUAAAUUAAUAUAUUGAUAUAUUCAGAAAAAGUCUUUUUUUAGCAGUAUCGCCCAGCACUACGCUGAAGGUAGUUAUAGUAUUCUCUCAGUUGUCUUUUUUUUUAGUCACUACAACCAAGGAAACCAUAUUUUAUACUUUGUUCACUUUCAUUUCAAGAUGUUCGCACUCUUAUUUACUCUGCAGUUGAACCUAAAGAGCUCGCCUGUGUCUUAAAAAGACACUGUAGUCUUGAGCUUCCGUUCAGUGUAUGAAAACGUACAGUUGUUUUUUUUUUUUUUUUGCAUAGUUUACAGUGAUGUUCGUCUUACUUCCAUCAAGUGGUAAUACAUACAUAAUACAUACUCUUUGUUUUUUUUUUAUUUUCAUUUUCCAAGACAUUUUGGCAUUACGUGAACUGUCUGCCAUUCAUUAGCAGUACAGCUUUACUCAUUCCAGUUCUUGUGGAUCUGCAGAACAGUCCUUUUGUUUACUAUUACUUUAUUGUAAGGAACACAUAUUGUGUGUUUAUUAGGGUCUUGUUCUUUGUUCAGUAAAUCCAGAUUUACACAAUUGUAAAUGGCUUAUUAACUCUGUAUGAAGCUUUGUUCGUUAUGACCUGAAUGUGUGCAUAAAUGGAGGUCAUAAUUGCUAUGGCCAAAUCAUUAAUAAUUGCAUUAUUAGUUGUAAAUACUUCUGGAAGUUUGUUAUUGUUGUGCAAAUAAGAGGCUAAAAAGAAUCAAAGAGUUUCUCAUAUUUUGGUGGAAGUAAGUUGAAAAUAUCAUCCUUGCAUAUGUUUGCUUCCCAAAAAUCCAUGAAAUCUUUACUUUAGAAUAUAAGCCUCUAAAUAGUGAUGAGACAAUAAAACUCCAGAAGCACCAUGCCACUAACUAGAACUUACAGUGCUAGUUAUAAAGUAAGUUCUGGACUUGGAUGAUAAUUCAUGCUCAAUAAUUUGUCUUAGUAAUGCCAUAACUUUAGUAGUUUUAGUACACACAAAUAUAAUAGUAAUAAAGCUCCAAGUGCAUAUUAUAUAAUAAACCAUAUUGGGUAAACUAUUUAGAAGUGUCUUAUUUGGGCUUUAAUGAGCAAAGAACAAGACCUUAAACCCCAAACUGUUCCCAUAUUUUUGUUCUAUCACAGCUUCCAGCGCAGCUGUAUUCAGUUCUCGCGCUCAGAAACAGCAGCAGAGAUGUGGACUGUCCUGGGGAUCCCCAUGGAAUGGACUGGGAUUAAUAACAAUUUCAUUGUUUUGCAUUUUACAGUUCUACAGACAUGCAAGAAAGGGUGCCGAAUGAGUACUAGGAGAAAAGAGGUUCUGCCGUGCUGUGAUAUGUUCAGUUCCCCCCAGUCGCCGCAUGUGCAUGUACCUCUCUUUUGUUCUUUUACCACCUUUCCAACGUUGUACGUUUGGCAAAAAUGCAUUGUUCUUUGUUAGCUCCAGGCAGUUGGUUGGGUUGCAUAUCUUCAUUAAACACGCUGUUUUGUUAAUUGUCACCCCCAAUUGUGCAAAGGUCUAUUUGUGUAAUUGCAUACAGUUUAUUAACAUGCAGUUUUACGUUUUUUGCCAGUUCAUGUGUUGGUCUGUUCAUAAUAUAACCACAUAUUCCAUCUGUAAA